UUCUAUCAGGAAGUGAUUUAAGGGCAAGGCGUGUGCUUGUUGUGACAGCUGACCGUGGCUCGCGGCCAGAGGGACUUCCGGCGGACCGCGGAUCUAAUCACAUUAGCGUAAUUCCGUCAUCUGCUUAGCCGCUGUCUCGUCUCCGGGCUAACAGGCAUGGCUUUGUUGGUGCGGAAGUGGCUCUGCCUCCUGCUCCUGCACGCGCUGGCGCUCGGGGUCGUCGCGAGGAGAGGGAAGAAGAACGUGCUUUUCAUGAUGGCAGACGACCUCAGGACGUCACUGGGCUGCUACAUGGACGGUGUGGUCAAGUCGCCCAACAUUGACCAGCUGGCAUCCAAAAGCCAAGUCUUCCUAAAUGCAUACGCACAGCAAGCUGUGUGCGGGCCAAGUCGUACGUCCAUGCUGACCAGCCGCAGACCGGACACCACCAGACUCUACGACUUCAGUUCCUACUGGAGAGCCCACGCGGGCAACUACACCACCCUGCCACAGCACUUCAAGUCCACGGGGUACACCACCAUGUCUGUCGGCAAGAUAUUUCAUCCAGGCAUUGCAUCCAAUUAUACUGACGACUAUCCCUAUAGCUGGUCAAUUCCCGCCUACCACCCUCCUUCAUUCAAAUAUGAAAAAGAAAAGAUGUGUAAGGGAGUGGAUGGUCAACUCCACGUCAACUUGCUGUGUGCUGUGAAUGUAACUGAGCAGCCCGGAGGGACCCUCCCUGACCUGGAGAGUGCAGAGGAGGCAGUGAGACUGCUGACCAUCAGGAGCAAUGAUAGCAAACCCUUCUUCCUAGCUGUGGGCUUUCACAAACCACACAUACCGUUCAGGAUACCAGAGGAGUACCUGAGUCUAUAUCCCAUAGAUGAAAUGACCCUUGCCCCCGAUCCUAAUGUUCCUGAGCUCCUCCCGCCUGUGGCCUACAACCCCUGGAUGGAUCUGAGAAUGAGGGAGGACGUCCAAAAACUCAACAUUAGCUUUCCCUAUGGACCGAUUCCUAAACACUUCCAGUUGCAAAUUCGACAGCACUACUUUGCUGCUGUUUCCUACAUGGACGCUCAGGUGGGGAAACUGCUCAGUGCUCUGGAUGAACUCGGGCUGUCUGACAGCACUAUGGUGGUGUUCGCCUCAGAUCACGGUUGGUCAUUAGGUGAGCAUGGCGAAUGGGCUAAAUAUUCCAAUUAUGACGUCGCGACUCGAGUCCCCCUCAUCUUCUCCAUUCCGGGUGUCACAAGAGCCCCUGGAAAGAAGUCUACUUUCCCCUUUAUUGAUGUCUUCAGUCAACCAGAAUAUAAAUUUAAGACUGGCAAACUCAUAAGAAAUGUGGUGGAACUAGUGGAUGUCUUUCCCACAGUUUCCUACAUGGCCGGUCUUCGAGCCCCUGAACCUUGUCCUGAUGUUUCCUUCAAGGAAGAGCUUUGUACAGAAGGAGACAACCUGGCUUUCACUUUCCGACGAAGAGAACACGGAAAGGAUGAGGAAGCCAUAUCUUUUAGCCAGUACCCAAGACCUGCUGAUAAACCACAGGUGGACUCUGACCUCCCUUACCUGAAAGACAUUAAGAUCAUGGGUUAUUCCCUACGAUCCUGGGACUACAGAUAUACACUCUGGCUUGGCUUCAAUCCCCUAACAUACCAGGUUAAUGCAUCUGAUGUCCAUGCGGGGGAGUUGUAUAUGCUGGAAGAUGACCCUGGUCAGGACAACAACCUCUAUAAUGGCUCCGACUACAGCCUGAUUAUGAGGAAGCUGGCCAAACUUCAUCAUUCUGUGGGUCUGCGGAAGAGCAUGAAGAUGCAGCUCCUCUACCUGGCUGCAGGGAUUAAAGCAAACCGAGGAAAGGCUCGACACUUCUGAUAUGGAGCCAAAGUUGCCUUCCAGUUUGAGAAACCUGCACUGGAGUGAAUGAAAGCUGCCCAAAGGAAUACAAAUCUGGAUUGUUGCCGGGAUACGAGAUUUGCUGCUGUUGUGGUCAACGAUGACUGAACCAUUUUGCACUGUGGCAACUUGCUGCACCAACAUUUGCACUUGAAUUUGAGUACUUUCAAUAAAAUCUGUGUAACUUUC